CAAGUUGCACUGUACCGGAUAGGUUUUGGCAUGCACUAUAGGUCUACGAGAGAGAUUUAAACAUGGCUGCAGUUGACAGUUUUUCACUUCUAUAUAGAGAAAUCGCUAGGUCUUGCAGUUGUUAUGUAGAAACGCUUGCGUUAGUGGGUGCACUGUAUACUGCCAGUAAAGCUGUUACACUGAUGAGAGACUGCUAUAGUCUGAUCAGACUUCACUUCAUCCCUCGUCUUGUUUGCCCUAUAGAUCUUGUGCACAGAUAUGGAAAGUGGGCCAUCAUUAAUGAUGCAUCCGAGGCGAUAGCUAAAGCAUACGCUGAGGAACUGGCCAGCCAUGGUGUAUCUAUUAUCCUUAUUAGUACUGACAUCACCAGUCUAAAUGACACUGCCAAGACCAUCUCUGACAACCACGGAGUCGAGGCUGUCGUGCUGGAGGCAGAUUUCAGCCAUGGUGCCUUGACCUGCAAACCCGUUAAAGAUGCAGUCAAGGACAAAGACAUUGGAUUUGUCAUAAAUUGCCUGAAUUCAUCGCUGGAUAUACCCCGAGACUUCCACGUCAUAUCUGAGAGUGAUCUGUGGCAGAUUAUAAACAGAAGCAUAUCUGCAGCCUUGCUGAUCACCCGCCUGGCUCUACCUGGAAUGGUUGAAAGGCGAAGAGGUGUCGUCGUUAAUAUUUUAUCAGGAAGGUGCUUCAGACCGUGUGCACGAAAGGCUGCACUCUCUGCGUCCACGGCCUUCCUUGAUCACUUCAGUCGUGCCCUACAUUAUGAAUACGGCCAUCAUGGAGUCUUUGUACAGAGUUUGCUGCCUGGCAAAGUAGCCUCUGAGGGACACGAUGGUAGUACCACGGCUGGCUGGUUGGUUCCGUUGCCACAUGUUUACGCCAGGCAUGCCCUGUCUACUCUGGGGAUCUCGCAGAGAACUACAGGAUACUGGCCUCACACCAUACAGCUUGGACUUACGCGAUGUGUGCCAGAGUGGAUAUGGGUCCUGGGAGCACGAGUGACCUCUCGGACAACCUAAAAGCUUUGAUUUUUCCCUAGAAUAAAUAUAUUAGGUUGCAGUGUUUAACAGUACACACACAUAGAAAGUAAAUGUCUAUCUGUGCAGUACAUUUCAUAUAUUGCACAACAUAUUGUAAAGAAAUAUUCCAUGAUCACUUUCAGCUAGCUGAGUGAUAAUAUAGUUGUGUUCUAAACAACAUUUAGAGUGACCUAUAUUCUUUAUACAUCUGUGGCUAUGGUAAUUUCUGUGUACUGGAUAUAUAAAAUGGUUUUAAGGUGAUUUUUGUAUAUUAAAUAGGUAUUUAAAUAUUUGUGUUAAAUUCUCCAUGCUUGUUUGGACGGUCCUGGUUUGACCCAAUAAAGUACUAUGUACUACCCAA